AUGUGGUCACGAACCAUCAAACUACCAACUCGCUUCGAGACCCAUUUAAAACUUUUACUGCGAAAAGAGAAACAUUUACCAAGUGUCUCAACUGUCUGCUUGAAACUUCAAGUCCGAACGCCCCACCAUCGUCAUACAGCUGCGUGUGUGACGGGCCACAGGCUGAACACUUAUUAUCUACAGUCUGAACUUGACUCUUCAAACCCGACCCGUUUAGCUUCGCCUUUUCGUAAUAUUCAAUCGAUUAAAUUAGUAAGAAUUACGCCAAACACUUUAGAGUGUAAACAGCUCAUGGACAUGGAGUGUGGCUGCAAGAUGAAACGGGAAAAGGAGAGACAGGAGAGAGAGGCACUUAAUAUGGCUGAACAAUGCUUUCGGAAUCAAGAUAAUCAAGAGAAGGAUCAAAACAAGAGGCUUGUAAUGGACAGCUCGACAACCAGCGCACUUCAGAGUAGUUUUCACCGACGACAUUUACCACAAGACUGUAUCGCUUUUUCCAGCCCAGAUGGUCGUAAGCUCUUUACUGAGGCGAUCAACUGUAGUACGAACUACAUGCAGAUUUACUUUCCACUGGCUGAACAAUUUAUUACGCAAGCAGAACCUGCUUUCUGUGGUCUUGCUACGCUUGCUAUGUGUCUAAAUGCACUGCAAAUCGACCCUGGUAGACUCUGGAAAGGACCGUGGAGAUGGUUUAGUGAAGAGCUAUUCGACUGUUGUACGUCCCUUAGUGUCGCCAAAGAAAAAGGGAUCAGUUUGUCGGAGUUCAUAUGCCUUGCACGCUGUAACGGUGUGAUUACAGAGGACUACCGAGCCACAAGUGACUUUACACUGGAGCAAUUUCGAGAGAUUGUCAAGCACAGUUGUGCUACAAGUUCCGAGAUUGUGGUGCUAAAUUACAGUCGCAAGGUACUCGGACAGACUGGAGACGGACACUUUUCACCAAUUGGGGGAUACCACGCCGAGAAAGACAUGGUACUUCUGAUGGACGUCGCAAGAUUCAAGUACCCACCACAUUGGGUAAAAAUCUCGCGCGUAUUUGAAUCGAUGCAGCUGAUUGAUCCGUCGAUGGAUUUGCCUCGUGGAUUAGCCGUCUUGAAAAUUCCAGUAGUACCAGCUCCACAGCCGUGCUGCUAUAGCUCGUCGUCGAUCGAAUCGAUGCGUUGCAUGACCGACUUUACUCUUACUGCACAACGCUAG